AUGACUUCCACGGGAAAUACCUCAAGAAACACUGAUCCAAACGCCACUCAGGCCGAAGCACCGCCCUCCUGGACCUACCCUACUAGAACCUGUCGUCUCUGUCUCGAAGACGUCCCUGCUACUGUCACUCUGUACCCUCCAGGCGUUCCUCCUGCAUUCCAACGACCGAUCGUUGAGUACAAGAAUGACGAUGAAUACGGCCGACUGAUAAAACCAUGUCAUUGCCGCGGAGGAAUGAGAUACAUUCAUGAACUCUGUUUACGACGGUCGAGGACUGAAGGCGUUCGCCCCGGCUCACUGUGGAAAUGUCAUGAAUGUGGUUAUCAGUUCAAUUUCAACAGACUCACCCUUCAGAAGUAUCUGGGGAGCAAGACAUGCUCAGGAAUUCUAACGAUCUUGGUCAUGUUGAUCGUUAUGUUCGUGCUCGGGUUUGUGGCCGACCCCAUUCUCAACCUUUAUACCGAUCCCUACGAGACUAUUGUCGGUCAUGAAGACUUUUGGCGGGAGGUUGAUGUGAACGAAUCUAAGGAUAAUUUGUCUGGAUGGGCCCGGCAUUUCGUCAAAGGUCUGGUCUCAAUGGGAGUACUCAGUUUCUUGAGAACCAUGAUUCUCAACCCUUUUCAGUGGUGGAAUCUCAGAAACACAGGACUCGUUACCAGUAGGGUUUCCGGAAGGUCAACGACUGGUCGUGAUCGAGCCGUGAAUAUCAGCUGGAUCGUGGUGGUCAUGGGAAUUCUGUCAGCGUCCUAUUUGUUCUAUCAGUGGGUUCAGUUGAUCAUUGGCCAAUCUCUCCAGCGUAUAGGCAACAAUAUUGUCGACACGCAACUACCGGGUGACGAUGAUGAUCUCCAACCACCGCCCGGAUUUAAAUUUGAAGAGAGCUAUCCGAAUGUUGCCGGCUCUCAAGCCUCUUUAGCUGACCAUGAUCGCUUGAACAAGGCUCAAGCAAAGGAUUCUCAACAGGGAGUAGACACCCUAGAUUCCGAACCACAGAAACAUGGAUUAUCUCACCGAUCAUCUCCCGAACAUGCCAGAAACGGAGAUCGAAAGGAGACCCCUGCCAGACAGCAUCCCAUGCCAGGCACUUGGGAGCCAACGGGAUACAGCUCGGCUCUUGAUGACGCUCAAAGUCAGGGAUGGUCAUUUGGACGAUUAUGA